CAUAUGCACUGUAAGUUCAAUUCUGACUGGCUGCUCAUUUAACAGGGCACCCACCCAGGUGAUUAAAAUAUGAAUUGCCAUAAUAUUUAUGUAAGCUUCUAAACAGACCAAUACUAGAUCCUCAUGUUCGGAGCUGCAUAAGAAAUGUGUUGCUUUCCAGGUUUAAAAAAACUUGAUUAAAGCUUUAACUGAAUAAAAUGGGGUUUUAAGUAUAGCAUACUCUCACGUUUCCUGAAAAAUUGUCCAGUGGACUACAACUGCAGAUAUCAUUUUCCAUUGACUUGGUUUGUUUUUGCCACGUGAAUCUUGUUAUUUUCCAUCACUAUCUCGGGUUUCAGUACACUGAAUUUCUAGUUGCAAAGAGAAAAAAAAAGUUUGCUUUAAUAUUUGCAACACACGUAUACACUAUUGUAUCCAAACUAUAAAAAUGGACAAAGGAAUCCAUUAAGACCGCAUAUGGGUACAGUCCUUUCGUGUAAAUACUCAAUUUUUUACGCAGUCAUGUCUAUGUAUAAUUCUUAUUGCAACGUAAUACGCCGCGUCGAUAGCUAAUAACCGCACAUUGCACUCGGGUACAUGCAUGGAAAAAAUGUCUGUAACAUGGUGAAGAUAUUUUAUUUAGUACAUCAGACAGCUCAAGCAUGUGAUCCACUCACAGAUGGUAGACAAUACACGCUACCAUGUCUCUCCAGCAAAAGUGAAAGUAGCAACGUAGCUACAAACGCGGAUAUGACGUAAGAAAGGUUAAAUGGCAUAUCCCAUAAUCCUUGAGUAAUAACAACCUGUCAAACUGAAAAGGUGAAAUGAUUUUACUCGUGAGCCAGGUAGCAGUAGGUAGCGAUGGGUAUGGGUGUAUCUAAUUCUGUAAUUGUUUAUGGUAAUUUCAAUCCAAAACGUUAACGUUCCUAUACACUUAAGUUACUUAUAUUACGAUUAGUAAUUUUACUGUACUUUCGGUUUUCAGAGAUUUGUCAGGAGAAACUCCUGACAAAAUAUGGUGUGACUGCUAACUGUAUCGAGGGAUUCAGAUAACGAGCUGGAAUCCAGAUCAUCUGACAUGUCUUGUAUUACCCAGUUAUAAAACGGAUCGUAUGAGCUUGGUAGCUAGCUAGAUAGCUACAUCGAUUUAGUAAAAUACCUGGGUGACCGUGCGUAGAUUUUACGCUGGGUAUUUGCUUGGUAAAACAGCCUGUUUGUCGGCUAGUUCGUUUAAAAUGACUCUUGUUAUGUUCGACAAAAUAAAGUAUGGAGCUCCAUCAGUGUCAGUCUCCUCUUUGAAGUUGUGUCUUGGAUCAGAAUGCUCAUUGCAACCUAAAGCAACGUGAAUUUGCCAGAACUUUUCACUGUGACACACACCCUUACACUUGGAAGCAGAAAGAACUUAGUUGUCAGUCGACCAAUGAAAUCGUAAUGUCUUAUUUCUUAACCCAGUUCUUUCAACUUUGUUUUUAAAUAAUAAGUUUGGUAAACUCAUAACCCUAAACAUCAAUGUAGCUGUUGAAAAAAAAAAUUCUGCCCGCUUGUUCUGACGCUGUUUACAACUGUCGAGUCAUUGCAGGAGUGCACAGUUCGAAUUACUAGUCUUGAGUUAAAAAUGGACCAGCCCAUCUGCCCUGACGUGACUUCAUUACUGGGUAAUGGGUCAUGUCACUAUAUGAACUAAAGACCCGUUCUUGGAAUUCGUGGGUAUGCCGAACAGGUGUGAAACCCCCCCAACAUUACGGUACAGUCGGACAAGCACAUCGGGGGGCUGUUUACCCACAGUCUGGCCCACUGCCACUCACUGACCUAUCGACUCAAUUUAUGUUUUAUGUGGAUUAAAUCUAAAUUCAGUGAUACUGUAUUUUCCGAUUGCACAUAGUGAAAUGACGAUCUGGGCAUCUAAUUUCGGGACACAUCAGCGAAUUGUGUUCAUAUAACUCCAUCCAGCAUAAUUGGCCCUGGGAGUAUGUUAACGGAGAUAUGACGCACUUUGCUCCAACUAUAAAUACCGCGCGGAAACGUGGUUUUGUUUACCCAGUAACUUCUGUCCUAUACCCUCAAAAGACAAGCACGCGGAAUGGAAAUGGACGUAGCAACCAUCAGACCUUCGUUUUUUGGAGAAAUAGGGUUGUGGGCGGUCCGAACAGUGGUGCAUGACGCCGCCUUCUUUGGACACACCCUGCUGCUGCAGCAGCUGAUACAGAGCGGGGCACCUGUCAACAUCGUUAACUUGGACAACAUCACCCCCUUACAUGAGGCCUGCAUACAAGGACAGACCCAGUGCGUCAGGCUGCUGCUGGAGGCUGGAGCACAGGUGGAUAUACGCACCGUCCACGGCAGCACUGCACUGUGUAACGCCUGCGCUGCAGGAAGCCCAGAGUGCAUCAGGCUCCUGCUGGAGUACGGAGCCGCUGCCAACCCCACUCUGACUGCGCUAACCGCUACUCCCCUCCAUGAGGCCUGUAUACGAGGUAGCGUGGAAUGUGUGCAGCUCAUGAUCGCAGGGGGAGCGCAGCUGGAAGUGUUCGACAUCUACUUUGGGACCCCCCUGCAUGCGGCGUGCAUGAAGCAGCACGUGGACUGCGCCCGGGCGCUGCUCAGCGCAGGGGCCAACGUCAACGCGGCCAGGUUCCACGAGACGGCGCUGCACAUCGCAGCCAAAGAGAACAACGCGGAUCUGAUCGAGAUGCUGGUGGCGAUCGGAGCGCACGUGCACGCCAGGGACAACCUCGGCAGGAAGCCCAUCGACUACACCAGCCCUGGGUCUCCAGCGGCCCUGUGCCUGGAGUUUUCUGAAUGUACCCCUCCGAGCUUGCAGCACCUGAGCAGGCUGGCUCUGUGGAAUGGCCUGGGCAAAAGAAUGCUGCAGGUGGUGUCCAAAGUUGGCUUACCUUGCCGCAUACUCAGCUACCUCUACUGCUCCUGAAAAAAACAGCUUCCCAUCUCACCUCAACUACCUCUACAUCCACACCCGAUCCUCUGGAGACGUUUGCACUUUAAUUCUACACAAUGAGCACAGGCGGAUUAACCAAGCAUUGUCAUUAAAAAAAACGAGGACUUUACCUGUCAUAAAUUGCCUGUACAAAAAGAAUUGUUCAAAAGUGACGUUGUGAUUACCUUGUAACUACAAAAAGACCUUAAGAAAAUGGUUUCUUGUGCACAACAUAUCAUAUUGUGGUCAAAAUAUGUUGUAAUACAGAUGUCAGGUUUACAUUGUGUCACUAUUUUCCCACAAAACGGGCAUUAAAGUCGACUCAAGUAAGGAGGGUGGUACAAAAAUAGGAAAAGUUGCCAUGAGCGUGCACCAGAAAAAAACUCCAGUUCCCAGAAUUAGUCUACUCGUAUCUCCAUCCGUCCAAAUGAGCUAUCACGUGACGGAGCAGUGCAAUAACGAUGAACGCGAUUUAGUUAUGUAUUUUUUCAUAGCAGAUACUUUUUUUUUUAGCUUGCAUCGGUUUGCGUAAACUUGACGGAUACCAUGGAAAUCGCGACAAGCAGACCUAACUUCUUUGGAGAAAUAGGUGAGUUCAUUUAAGGGAACCAUUACAAAUGCUAUCGCCCAUGACCUCAUACUCGGAGAAGCUCGCUGGGGCACGCAAUGUUCCUCGUUCACAUACACGGCAGCGUUGAUUACCAGUAGUAAAUCUCUACAUUCUCCUCUCCUUUUUGGUGACCUAGCAGUUAAUUAUUCAGAAUAUGAUCGGGGGUCUCGGAUUUAAUAUGUGAGGGCAUGGAGUAUGGAUUAUUAUAGCCUUGUUGAACUAGGCUAUUUGUCUGAUGCACUUGUUAUAGCUAUGUGAAUACGCUCAAUAUUUAUAAUUCCGUUUAACUUCAUAAUUCAGUUUGAAGGGGCAGAAAUGUAAUUUUGUGUAUUAUGUAAAAUUAUAUUCGAACAGUGAUGCAAAUAUAGGUAACAAGAACGGCAUUGCAAUUUUAUUUUAAAGCAGUGUCCUCUUGUGAAAUAAUUGUAUCGAAUUAUUACUGUAUUCCUGUAUAUAAAUAUACCAGUUAUUGUGUAUUA